UCAAGAGGUUUCCAGGGGGUCUGGAAACCCCCCAAGCAACAGCCGUCUAAUAUCAACUCAUUGUCUUACGUCACACCUUCUCCCGUACAGUUUUUGAUAUAGAUUCGGCAGUGAUUCCUGUGGUGUACUGUACACCCUACAUACGCUCCGUGACCGGCAGGGACGUCAAGGCACGCCUAACGCGCGCUAGUGUUCCAACUUUGCACGUGGCGGGCACCUUUCCUAGUCUCCUGACACGUGAAGAGAGGGAAUUUCCGAAAGUGACUGUGGACAAUGAAGAGGCGUUCUAAAGACCAACUGACCAUCAGUGCUCUCUUUGAAGCUGCUAGAAAGAGAUCUCGAGGCGGGGACCCCACUCAAGAGAGUGUAGAUUCUGAGCGGGCAUCGUCGCAUUCCAUCAAUUUGGAACUGAACCCAAUGACAAGUGAAGCAUAUGAAACUGCAGACCUCAGUAUAGAAGUCACUGGAUCUGGUGGCAGCGGGGAUCAUGUAAGCGAUCGUGUUGAAGUGCUUGCAUUUGUCAAUGGGGAUGAACGUGAUCCUGCUGAAGCCUGCAGAGCGAUUAGAAACGAUGUUGGAGAACUGGUAGAUCCAAACAAACUGCAGGAUGAUACAAAGCUCUCCUUGCUGUUGGGUCAUUUUGUUCCAGACAGCCACUUUCCGUUUCCUCCUCGGCAAGAGAAGAAGAGUGGGCGAGAUACCAAGCGCUAUUUUCAAUUACAAUGGCUUGAAAAGUAUAACUGGCUAGUUUAUUCUCCAAGCCAAAAUGGUGGAUAUUGUCUACCUUGUGCACUUUUCAGCACUGAUCAAUCAACAGGCCAGCUCUGCAAACAAGCAAUGGUAAAGUUCACCAAAGCGUCUGAGACCCUUAGAAAGCAUGACCAACAGGAAUGUCAUAAGGUCUGCUGUACCAGGGCCAGCCAUUUCAUUGCAACCAGGAGACAUGGUCAGGCAAAUAUUCUUCAGCUUGUCGUAGACCAAGGGAGUAAGCAAAAACAGGAAAAUAUAGCCAAGCUUUGUGCCUUGAUCAAGACUGUAGAGUUUUGUGGACGCCAGAACAUUUCUUUGCGUGGCCACAGAGAGAAAGGAUUUACUUGGGACCCCAACGAACAGUUAGCAUGUAAUCCUGGAAACUUUCUAGCUCUAUUGCGUUUUCGUGUGGACGCAGGUGAUGAACACUUGUUGAGGGACUUCCAUAUGUCUCAGUCUGCUCGAGGACUACGUGCGUCUUACCUGAGCCCAACAAUACAGAACGAGUUGAUUGAGUGCUGUGGGAAGGUUAUACAAGAAGACAUAUUGAGAGAUGUCAGAAAAGCACCAUUUUUCUCAGUGUGUGCAGACGAAUCUGCUGAUGCCAGCAACCAAGAACAGUUGCCCCUGGUUCUUCGUUUCGUCGAUGAGUCUGGACUCAUUCGUGAAGAGUUGGCUGAAUUUCUCUGUUGCUCUGAUGGCACCACCGGGCUAGCUUUAGCUAAUCUGCUACUGACCACAAUGACGGAAAUGGGCUUGCAGCCAAAAGAGAAGCUUCGUGGACAAGGCUACAACGGUGCAGGGAAUAUGGCUGGACCUUUGCAGGGUUGUGCAAGCAGAGUAACUGCAGAAUGCCCAAAAGCGCUGUACCUCCAUUGCAGUGCACAUUGUCUCAACCUGUGUAUAAUAAGGCUAAGCAAACUGCCUUUCAUCCAGUCUAUGUGGUCAUCAUUGUUAGACGUCAACAUCUUUUUCAAAUAUUCACCAAAGCGUGCUCAUGCUAUGGCUGAGAUAGUUCAUGAAUGGCGUCAAGGAGAGGGUGGCGACUCAAAGAAAAAGUUGGUUGAUUUGUGCAAAACAAGGUGGGUAGCGCGACAUGAAGCCCUUGUCGUGUUUGCUGAGCUUUAUCCAGCUGUUUUAACGACGUUGGAGACAAUCAGCAGAAACAGGGGUGGAACAGUUACAUGGAACGCUACUAGCUCCUCCUCUGCUACAUCUCUCCACAAUAACCUAACCCAGUUCCGAUUUCUUGCAACAUUUGUGAUAACAUCAAAAUUGAUGGCUGCAAUUCAAAGCCUAACAUCAAGUCUCCAAGAGAAAGCCACAGAUGUUGCAAAGGCUUACAAACACGUCGCUAGAGUCAUCUCCGUUCUUCAAGAUAUGCGGGACAACAUCAACGACAGGCAUGGUGAAUGGUGGACAGACGUUCAGGCUUUGUGUCUGAAGACUGGAGUGCAAGAGAGUCUCCCAAGAUAUUGCAGUAGGCAGACGUACCGUGGGAACAUUCCAGCGCAAACGCCAGUUGACUACUAUCGCCUGAACGUGAGUAUACCGCUACUAGAUGACAUUAUUUCGCAAAUGAAUAUCCGGUUUGGAAACCUUCAACAACUAGCUAUGAAAGGAAUGUCAUUUAUGCCGACGAUUUUGCUACGUGAUGCUUCAGCCAAAGCAGAUAUUCUUGAAUUUGGAAAGGCAUAUCAAAGUGAUUUUCCUACUGCGAGUCCGAACUUGGAUGCGCUGUCUGCAGAAAUUGACUUGUGGAUUGCCAUACUGAAAUCACUGCCCAUUUCAGAGCACCCCGCUACUGUAGCAGAAGCGUUGCGUUUGGCAAUGGGUAAUCCACUAAUUCCAACUGUGUCGAGGCUAUUGCGCCUUGUCUGCACCUGGCCUGUGACGUCCUGUGAGUGCGAGCGGUCUAUAAGUGCUCUCAAUCGCGUCAAGACAUCUCUCCGGGCAUCCAUGUCGCAGAUCCGAUUCAACGGACUUGUCAUGCUGCAUGUCCAUUACAACAGGAAGUUGUCACACUUGGACGUGAUCCGCUUAUUUUCUGCCAGGAACCCGAGAAAGAUUAUUCUCCCAAACUUUGGAGAGCCAUACUCAGACAGUGAACUAGCUAACACUUUUGUACUGGAUACUGAUUCACCAGAAGACACGUGGGACACUGAGCUAGACAGCUAAAUGACUUAGUUUACAAUUUUGAAGUUGUGUGAAACGUUUAUGCUAUUAUCAUAUUCACUACAGAUAUCAAGCUCGUAAGAUUUGGAAACCCCUCUGGAAACCCUUGA